AUUCUACCAAACUAGCUACUAGCAUAAAUAUUAAUAACAAAAAACUGAGAGCCAAACACUGAACAAAGAAACGAUAUCCAUAGUUUAAAAGAUGACUGAGAAAGAAGAACAGAAAUCAGAGCUCCUAUCAAUAAAAGAGGGAGGAUUUGAUUGCGAGUUUCUCGAGCCUCCACCUGAAAUCUUACAGACAGAGUGUCCAGUUUGCCUCCAGAUAAUCCGAGAGCCCCACCAGGUCACAUGCUGUGGCUACAGCUACUGUCAGUCUUGUAUCGAGCAAAUUAAAGCCGACAACAAACCUUGCACUAAGUGCAAUAGUGAGAAAUUCGAUGACUUCCCAGACAAACGCCUCAGGAACACACUUUAUGCAUUCAAAAUUCGCUGUAGCCACAAGAGAGAUGGCUGUAAGUGGACGGGGGAACUAGGGCAGCUUGACGAGCACCUUGACCCGAAUCCUACAUUAGAGAAACAACUCAAUGUAUGUCAGUUUGUGGAGAUCACCUGUUCUCAUUGUGGAGACCGAAAGAAACGACAAGAUUUAGCAAACCACGGCAACAACUGCAGCAAACGUCCAAUCAGUUGCGAGUAUUGCAAUGACUAUACAUCUCAUCAAGACAAUGUGAUACACAACCACUGGCCUGUGUGUGGGUCCUUCCCUGUCCGCUGCCCUAACGAGUGUGGUUCAACUCUCCAACGUCAGAACUUGGACAGCCAUGUUGCCAAAGAGUGCCCCCUGACCACCAUCAACUGUGACUUUCACCACAUGGGGGGCUGUGCUGUGAAACUUUCUCGACAAAACAUGCCAGAACACCUGAGAGAGAACCUCAUCACACACAUCUCUCUAUUAGCCUCCAGUCAUGCCAAGCAACAGGACGAAAUAAAGCAAAUAACACAAGAAAAAAAAAAUAUGAAGAGUGAAAUUGAAAAUCUAAGCGAAAACCAUAGAAUUCAGGAAGCAGCCACCAACAGAAUAAAAGCACAAUGCAACGAAAUAUCUGCACAAAACAAAUAUAUAAAAAUUGACUUAAAAUCUCUCAAAGAAGAAAACAGCAAACUAAGACAAGAACUGUCCUUACUAACCAAUCAAGUACGUACGGAAGUGACAGAUGUUCUAGCGCGAGCCAGCUUUCCGUUGAUACCGUCAGCCGUGCUUGUAAUGACAGAUUUUCAACAUCACAAAAAGAACAGCGACGAGUGGCUAUCUCCUCCCGUCUACACGCACCAUCAGGGCUACAAGCUGAGACUGGGGGUGUACGCUAAUGGCCACGGAGUGGGGGAGGGGAGCCAUGUCGCCGUGAGUGUGUACAUCAUCAAAGGAGAGUUUGAUAACUAUUUAAAAUGGCCGUUUCGUGGCGUGAUUUGGUUUCGGCUACUCGAUCAGGUCAAAGGUGAGGAGCAUCGGUGUGGGUCCAACACGUAUGACGAAAAAGUGAGCGGGAGGUUGUGUGGGCGUGCUCGUGAAGGGGAACAGCUGUCAGGUCUCGGACUCAACAAGUUCAUCGCUAUUUUAAAACUAGAGCCAAAAUACUUGAAAAAUGACACCUUGCACUUCCAAAUACACAAGAUGCAACUAUCGUAACCAUGACAUACCAUCACUGCUGAA